GUCGAGGAUGUGCAUAGUUAUCUUUGGUGUGUUUGUAAACAAAGUGCAAGAAAAGAAGCGGAGAAUUUGACCAAGAAAUACGUUUUAAAGAGAUGAUUUUUGCCUUUCUGAAGGAAGCAUAACCCCCAACACGUUAUUUUAUGUGAUCAAUAAAUCACAUAUAUAAAUAUGUAAACAUCGUUUUCUCCACUUUUGCCAGCUCAGUGUAAAUUUGCACAUGCGAACUGUGCUUGACGGCUCAGUAUGUCAGAUUUUGAGAAAGGACGUGAAGGCAGGCCAAAGAGAUAUUUUUCUGUGAGUAAGGAGAAACGUGAAUAUGGACCAGGAAUACGAAGAUCACCUAUUAUAUUGGCAAAUCCUGAUCGGGACUCUGUGCCAGAAAAAAAUAAGCAGCCAACACAACAGCAGCAUCAAACGACAAUUAUUCUUCGAAACAGGGAGGGUAGCUCAUUUCCUACCCAGCGACCCAGUUCCAGCAAUGCUGUAAGAAAGGAAACUGAGAUUCAACCGCUGUACCAGCUGGCUGCAAAACAUGCCCCAGGAGAAAACAUAAGCAAUACUUUAUCUCAGCCUCCUGAAAUGCGAGGGUCCGUGAAGUUAUUGGAUGAUAAUUUGCAAGUACUGCAGGAUGCCAUACUGGAAUAUCUUCUGGACCAGGGCAAUAAUGAGUUCCUUGUUGUAGGUGUUGUGGGCUCAUUGGGUGUUGGUAAAUCUACCCUCAUGUCGCUGUUAGCUGGUGGACAAUCAAAACCAUUUGCACCACAGCGUGUUCAGCAGCAAGAAUUGGGUGGACAGGGCACACUUGGAGUGGAUGUCUUUGUUACACCAGAUCGUCUUAUUCUUCUUGACACACAACCAAUGUUAUCACCAGCAGCAGCAGAUCGUUUGGCUGCACAGGAUCCUACGAAACGACAUGAUUUCAUCUCGGCUGAAGGUGCUGUUGAGACACAGUCAUUGCAGCUUACGGCAUUUCUAAUGACUGUCUGCCAUGUUGUAAUUUUAGUUCAAGAUUGGUUCUUUGAUCCAACUGUGGUCAGGUUUAUACAGACAGCAGAGAUGCUCAAACCUUCAACAACAGUCUUCAAUGCUGAUGAUGAGCUAGUAGAAUAUUAUCCUCAUCUCUUGCUAGUUCAUACAAAAACAUCCCCAGAUGAUUAUAAUCCAGGGAAUGUAAGCCUGAUGCAGGAUGUAUACAGCCAAACCUUUGCCAGGUCCAAUUUACAAUUGCAGAGUGGCCUGGGUAUUGCUAAUGGAAGCGUCAUCAAUAUACUGUCUCCUGAGGUCUGUGGGGAACCAAUCAACAUGUUUCUUCUGCCAGAUCUUGAUGAAGAAGACUCAAGUUUGCUGUAUCAUGGACACCCUGGCCUCACUACAUUGAUUGAUAAUCUACGUAGUCAACUACUGAGUGUGGAGCGCAAUGCACUUACCCACUCACCGCUGACUGAAAAAAACUGGUUCCAGUAUGCAUCAAGGAUGUGGGAUGUAAUAAAAAAGAAUUCAUUCUUUCUGGAAUAUUACAGGCUCUUGCCAUGAAAUUCUUGAUAUAAUUUUAUUGAAGUUUGGACAUGUAUAUACUUGGCAGUAUCUGUAUUUCAGGAAGAAUUUAUGUGAUUUAUGUUACAUGCUGUAAUUGUGUUAACAGCAGGUCAUAUUAAGAGAUCAUUAAAUAAUUUUUUACCAAUGUGACAACACUAUUUAUGCUAUUUGUUUUCAGUUUUGUAGUACGUAAAUAGCUAUUAUUAACCUAACUAGCAGCAUGUACCUGGUUUUGUGUGAGUAGAGUUAAGGGUUACUGUUAAAGAAGAGUAUUUUUGGUUGUUAUUAAAUAAAAGAGUUAUUUUUGUUUCAUCACA